AUGGAAUCCCCAGACAGUAUGCCAAACUAUGACAGCGACACAGCAAGCGAAGAACGACCAUCGUCUCAAAGCGCCAAUACCAAAAUCCAGGCCAACUUCCAGAUGGCUCAGCCGCCCCCAAAAUCAAGUCAACUAUUCCGACUCAGCCCCAAACUACUGCUUCAAAUCCAACAACUAUCUCCAAACCAUCGAAAAGUGCCUGUACUGGAGAUAUGGCAGCCAUCACUCCGCAAAUCAAAGUUGACAAAAUGUUUCCCUCAACGCCCAAAGCUCGGCACAAAGGAUAUCUACGCAACACUUAAUGAGCCAUAUAUCACCAAUCAACAGCAGCAGCGACAAGGGCAGCUUCAAGAGCAAGAUACAAAAUCAAGCAGCACCCAAGACAUCCAAGACAGAGAUAUCGUGGCUGCAAUGUGCCAACUGCAAACCAACAACAACAGCAAAUCCAUGCCAUCAAUCCACUUCCGCGCCUCAAAAUGCAUCUGGCAAGCCAGUACCACCUCAGCAGGACCUGAGAAAAGCAUUUGUUACAGAUUUGUCAUUAUUCGGGAAGAAACGACAGCCGCCCCCGAGCAGGGCCGGAUGAUUAUGCAGUGGGAGAAACGGGCAGUCUCUGCAAAUGGAAAUGGGGCAUCUGGGUGUCCAGAUAGCGAACACUUUGUUCUUUUGGCGAUUGACCGCAAGGCACGCCGGAAGAGUCGUAUUGCUACAAUGACUCCAGGCGGACUCGAGAUUACCGUGAGGAAGAGUUCGAUCUUGGAUCAUCUUCGGACUUGUUGGGCGUUCACGGAGCCUGUUUCUGAUAAUUCUGCGGACUUGGAGACUUGGUUGUAUACUCUUGUGUUGACGUUGGGUGUCUCGGUGGCUUCGCAAGAAGGGUGGUUGGGUUGA